AUGUAUUUAAUUUUUGUCUAUCUAGUAUUUAUAACAAUAACAUUAAUUCCAAUAAAAAUAUGUUGUCAAAAUGAUCAAUCUGAUCAAUAUGAUCAAUAUGGACAAGGAUGGUUUAAAAUUCCAAAUUUUAUGAAUUUUAUGAAGAAAUUUCAUAAGAUACCUUUGCCAGAUAAUGAUUUUCCAGAUUGGACAGGAAAUUUCCUGAAAUUAUCAAAUGAAGAAAAAAUGUUUAUUGAACAUGGAAAUGCAAUGUUAUCUAAAUUUGAGAGAAAACAUGAUUGUUUUAAAGAUGCUGCGUUGACUUUAAAGAAUGGUUGUAGAAAUAUGAAUUUAGAUGAUGAUGAUAAAAUAUUAUAUGCGGUACAAUUAACGAAAUGCGAAAUAGCAACCGCAAAUCUUGCUGUGCCCAUGGAAUGUGAUGAUAUUGACAAAGAAAUUGAAAGCUGUGUAGAAUCUUUGUCAAGAAUACCCCAAUUAUGGACAUCAUAUUCUGGAUAUUUUCGUGAAGUUUUUCAUAUGUGUUUCGCUGUACGUCAUUCAUUGGAACGAGAAUUACUUGAAGAACUUCAUAGAAACAUUACUCAAAAUCAACUUAGAAACUAUAAUAUUUUACGAGUUCAACAACGAGAAAUGAUUAUUUGGCGAAAAGAAGAAAUGUCUAAAUUAAUCCAAAUUGAAAAAUCUCAAAUUAGAAUCUUGGAAAGUAUUAAUGAAACUAGGAAAACAACAUCUUUAAUUACAACAAAUAUGUUGUCACUAAAAGAUAAUUUAUCAGAAUCUAAAGGAAUUGCUCAACUUAUUUUCAAUCAAUUAUUUCAAUUGACAAAGACAACAUCCUCAGCUAUAAAUAGUGUGGAAUCUCUCAAAGAAAAUUUAUCAGAAUCUCAAGAAAUUGCUCAUCUUACUUUUAGUCAAUUAUCCCAAUUAAGAGAGGAACUUAGCUUAACUUAUGAAAAGAUUAAUAAUGAGCACAGACAACAAUUGAUAACACUAAAUCAAUUUAUGGAAACUUUAUUAGAGGCCCAACAAAAUUUAGAAAUGUUAUCAUCCAAUUCACAACAUGAAAUUAAAUUAUUAACACAAUCCGUAUCUGAUGCUCGAGAAAGUCAAAAAGAUUUUUUAAAGAUUUUGAGUCCAUUUAUUUUAAUGAGAGAUUUUAUAAAUUGGACAUUGACUUCUUCACAUGAAAAUACUAUUAAAUACGCAUUUCUGGGAUAUUCAAUUCCUUUAUUUAAAUUUUUUGUUUUCUGGAUAGGACUUCAUAAAAAAAUUGCUUUUUUAGUUGUCAUCUUUAAUAUGCUUCUGAUCUACUUGUACACCAAUAAUAAUAGCGAACAAAUGAAAAUUGGGAAUUUAUUUACUGUUCUUGUGAUGUCAAUUCUUAUCAUACCUUUAAUUUUCAAGUAUUGGCAAAAUUAUGUUUAUAAUCAAAAUUCAAUUUCCAUUUCUUCUUACCCUUCCAACAACAAUUUGAACAAUUUAAGCGAUCCAAAUAAUAUAAACAAUUCAAACAAUUCAAACGAUUUAUCAAAUUUGAGAUUUAAUAAUAUUCAACCUAGAAUUCCAAGAUUUACUUCUUCAAUUAAUCUUUGCAACAAUAAUGAAAUUUAUCACAACAGAAUAUUAAAUACUAAUUUCCUAGGUGUUGAUCGUGGUAGUGGUUAUGGAGAUAGGGAAAGGAAGAGGAGAAAAAAUUGA